UGGAAAGUGUGCGUUACAGGUGAUCACAGCCCAUUGUGAGUGGUAAAGGCUCUCUCUCUGUUCCACCACCGGAGAUGAAGAAGAUAUAGAGCCGACGAGCUUGUUGAGUAAAAAAACAGUUUUUAUCGUCGGAUAUCUCUCUCUCUCUCUCAACCAAAUUCGAAAACAAAAACACACACGAGUCUGAUAUGUCUGACGCGCGAGAUGUUGACGACCGUGUGGAUUUCGAGGAAGGGAGCUACAGUGAUAUGGAGGAUGAAGUGGAGGAGGAGCAAGUAGAGGAGUUUGUUGAGGAAGAAGAAGACGAUGAAGACGAUGAUGAUGAUGAUGAUGAAGAAGAAGGUGGUGGCAGUCAAGAACGUGAAGUGGAGGAUUAUGGUGGUGAGAGGAAAGGAGGGGGUAGGGAGGAGUUAGCUGAAGAUGAUGACGAUAAUCAUAUUGAUAUCGAGACGGCUGAAGAUGAUGAUGAUAACCAUAUCGAUAUCGAGACGGCUGAAGAUGAGGAGAAACCAGCGUCUCCUAUUGAUGAAGACGAAAGGGAGAAGUACUCUCAUCUUCUCUCACUUCCUCCUCAUGGCUCUGAAGUGUUCAUUGGCGGCUUACCAAGAGAUGUUGGAGAAGAGGACCUGAGGGAUCUAUGUGAAGCAAUAGGCGAGAUCUUUGAGGUGAGAGUGAUGAAAGAUAGGGACUCUGGUGAGAGCAAAGGUUAUGCUUUUGUAGGGUUCAGAACCAAAGACGUUGCACAAAAGGCCAUUGAGGAGUUGCACAGUAAAGAGUUUAAGGGGAAAACCAUAAGGUGCUCCCUUUCUGAAACUAAGAAUAGAUUGUUUAUUGGUAACAUCCCAAAGAACUGGACUGAGGAUGAGUUUAGGAAAGUCAUAGAGGAGGUUGGUCCUGGAGUGGAGAACAUCGAGCUCAUAAAAGACCCAACAAACUCCACUCGUAACCGUGGUUUUGCGUUUGUGUUAUACUAUAACAAUGCAUGUGCUGACUAUUCAAGGCAGAAGAUGAUUGAUUCUAACUUUAAGCUUGAGGAUAACGCUCCAACUGUGACUUGGGCUGACCCCAAAAGCUCUCCUGAGAAUUCAGCUGCUGCUGCUCAGGUGAAAGCUCUUUAUGUGAAGAACAUUCCAGAGAACACCUCAACGGAGCAACUGAAAGAACUCUUUCAGAGGCAUGGGGAAGUGACUAAGAUCGUCACACCUCCUGGAAAGGGUGGAAAGCGUGAUUUUGGUUUCGUUCACUAUGCUGAAAGGUCGAGUGCAUUGAAGGCUGUUAAAGACUCCGAGAGAUAUGAAAUCAACGGUCAACCGCUAGAAGUUGUGCUUGCUAAACCCCAAGCUGAGAGGAAACAUGACUCUUCUUAUACUUAUGGCGCUGCACCUGCACCUGCUCCCUUUGCGCUCCCCACGUUUGGUGGUUUUGCUGCGCCUGCUUAUGGUGCUAUGGGCUCUGGUUUGGGUAUUGCCGGUAGCUUUAGUCAGCCAAUGAUCUAUGGUAGAGGAUCAAUGCCAACAGGGAUGCAAAUGGUUCCAAUGCUUCUUCCUGAUGGCCGAGUUGGCUAUGUUCUGCAGCAGCCCGGUAUGCAGAUGGCACCACCACCACCACAGCGACCCAGAAGAGGUGACCGGAAUAAUGGCUCAAGCAGAGGGUCAGGGAGAGAGAACAGUGAUGAUCAUGAUGGUAGCCGAGGAGGAGGCCGAAGGUACAGGCCCUACUAGCAGCAAGCCCAGCUAAUAGACAAAAGAAGCAAGUAGAAAAAAAAGAAGAGAACGCUGUAUUGGAUGUGUCUGUUUGUAGUUUGUUUCUUUGUGUUAUAAAAAUGUGAAAUCGAAAACUUACGGUUUCUAGUUUGAUAAGGAGACUUGGUGAGGGGGUUAGGGUUGAGUGGUAUGAUCUUAUUUCUCUUAAAUUAUGAGACUUUAAAUAAUA